ACCAAGUAGCCCUCGUUCGUCCAUCUCUAAUAAACCACGUCAAGUUGUGUAUACAAAUAGUCAAAAAUCCAGCAAUAUUAGAAGUAAAUUUCCAAAGCCAGAACGGUUUCGAGAUUUCUAGGGCAGAAUGGUGUACAUUGAUCACAAUGGUCGCCUUUGGGAGAAGCGCCCUUGGGAUAUGCGGCGCAUUUUAGCCAUAUUUGUGGCUAUCUGGUUUGCUAUUAAGCAAUUGUUCCAAUCGUUUGUGGCUCCUUUCAAUAGCGACGACAAUAACGGCGAUUCCCGCCGAAGAAGCGGGUGGAGCAGCAGUAGUUGGGGUGGUGGAGGCGGUGGCGGUGGCGGGGGCGGUAAUGGUAGAGGAUUUGGUGGUUAUGGAGGAUUCAGACCAAACCGGAGAAUUGGACGAAUUCAGCCAACUCAGACUUGCAGUGCAGGCGGUUGUUGCGGUUCUUAAAACUGAAUCAUGUCAAGCAAACGAACACAAUUAAGAUAGAAAAAACGUUUAUUCCCCUGCUAAGGUCCACAUUCCCUUGGACUGGCCGUCGGACCUAAUAGGUUCUAAGUGAUGCACCUGUAUAAAAUCAAUAAAAAAAAAAUUAUCAAA